AUGCCUUUGACAUCUUCGAUGGAAAAUGAACCAUUUACUUCAACUUUUGUUCCGAAUACUCAACUGUCUGAUCGUGAAUCCCUAAUUGAACUCGUAAAUUUGGAGAAGGCGGAUUUUGGUACUGCAGAUAGAAGAAAGCGAUCAACAUGGAGUAAGGUUGAAGAUGAGGUUUUAGCGAGAUCAUUUGUCACUAUCAUUGAUGAUCCAAUCAUUGGCAAUGAUCAGAAGGUGGAUGCUUUAUGGAGACAUAUUGCAAGCUACUAUAAUGAGAAUCGUUCUCAAGGUACACCCAGUAGAAUUGCAAGUAUCAUACGAUUCGGCCAUAGUGAUGAGGAUAUAUUGCAGCUUGCGUAUGAAAAAUACCACGAGGAAAAUAAUGACAUUGCAUGUAAUCUCGAGCAUGUUUGGAGAAUCAUUAAUGAUCGUCCAAUGUUUACUCUACAAUCCAGUGAUCAUCUUGUUGGCAUAAAGAAGGCAAAGACCUCACAGUCAGGGGCAAGCAACACCUCAUCUAACCAAGAUGCGAGUCUACAUGUAGACCUAAAUGAAGAAGAAACUCAUCCAAUGGGUCAGAAGAUAGCAAAAAGAAAGGGAAAAGGCAAAAUGAAAUCAGACAUUGAAGGUAUGACAACAAAUUUGGACAAUAUGUAUGCAAAGUUUACUGAGUAUACAAGCAUAAAAAUGGUUGAAGUUGAAAUGAAACAAAAACAACUCAAAGUUGAGGAGAUUAAAGCAAAAACUGUCUUAGCCAAAGUUCAACUAAAGGAAUAUGUUGGAUCGUGA